AGUUUCCUCUCUAUCUCCAUUCUCUUAUAUCAUAACCACAGACAUAACACAUGAGAAUAAAUUGUGUCAAGUUUCUUACCGCUGUCAUUUGACGAACUUUCAUUAUCCAGUGUAUCGAAUUUGUUUUUAGGUGAUAUUUAUACUGUUUAAUUAAUUUACAGUUAAAGGUAUGGCGGAUACGACAGUGGACGCUACACGUCGUUUAAAUGUUAAAAAACAGACUCUGGAUGACGCUUAUGCAGCACCUGCAAAUUUUCUCGAAAUUGAUGUGAUUAAUCCAAUCACACACGGCGUCGGCAAAAAACGAUACACUGAUUAUGAAGUUCGUAUGAGGACAAAUCUUCCAGUUUUUAAAGUAAAAGAUUCCACAGUAAGAAGAAGAUAUAGUGAUUUUGAAUGGUUAAGAACUGAAUUAGAAAGAGAUAGCAAGAUAGUAGUGCCUCCAUUACCAGGAAAGGCUUGGAAACGUCAAAUGCCAUUUCGAGGCGAUGAUGGUAUUUUUGAAGAAGAUUUUAUUGAAGAUCGAAGAAAAGGUUUAGAAGCUUUUGUUAAUAAAAUAGCAGGACAUCCAUUAGCACAAAAUGAACGAUGUUUACAUAUGUUUCUACAAGAACCUGUAAUAGACAAGAAUUACGUACCUGGAAAAAUACGUAAUACAUAAGUUACAAUAAUUCUUAUUUCAAGUAUAUUUUUCUCCCCACCUUCAAUAUAUAUGUAAAGUUAUAUUUGAUUAUUUUAAAAUUUUAAAUUUACAAUUUAUUAAGAUCCCUCUAUAUCUAUGCAAUAUUUAAUCGAGCUUUCUAUACUGUGAUGUUGGACUGAAACUUGUUUCUUAAGAUCAUUGUGUUUCAAACACAAUGACAAAAUAUU